CGGUAGCACUAUGCUAACCUACGAUGCUAACACAGGCUAGUGCUGUCACAAGGAUUCAUGAACCACAUUUACUACUUACAUUUUAGUGCUUCAAUUGAGACUUAGUCAUGUCUCAGGUGGAGAAGAAGGCGGGGCUGCUGCGGAGGACCUCGUCCUCAAAGAAACCCCUAAAAGAGAAGGUGGUGCUGAUGUAUGAUGAGAUUUUUGCGAAAGAAGAUCCAGCCAAAAACAACCCUCGCUUCUGGGAUGAGCUGUUUCUAAUGAAGGUGAACCUGGAGUACUUAGAGUCAAAGUUGGAGAGUAUAGACGGGGAGGAGGUUCAGCGGAUCCAGGACAACAUCAACUCUUUGUUCCACCACUGUGUCCAGGCACUGGGAGAGGAGCACCAGAUCAAAGUGGUCAAUGCUCUGCAGACUCUCUGUGCACUUUUCCGAGGGGUUCACCAGAAGAACAAGUCUGCGUCCGGCUUUGACAUCAUCAACAUGCUGAUGGGGUUUGACAAGGCUGAGCAAAGGAUGAAGGACCUGAUGGAGAGACUGGACAGCCUUCUCUGUGGAGACGGAUCAGAAAGUCUCAAGAGUCUGUGCCUCAAACUGCUCCUGUGUCUUGUGACGGUAACAGACAAUAUAAGUCAGAACACCAUCCUGGAAUAUGUGAUGAUCAACAGCAUCUUUGAAGCCAUUCUGCAGAUUCUGUCAGAUGUAUCCAGUAGAGGGCAGCAUGGUUAUGAUGCUGUCGUUCUCCUGGCCCUUUUGGUCAACUACAGGAAAUAUGAGUCUGUGAAUCCGUACAUAGUGAAGCUCUCCAUUGUGGAUGAUGAGCCAACCCUCGAUGGAAUGGGGAUGGUUGUCCACCACGCUCUGACAGAAUAUAACAGGUGA